CGCUGGUGGUUCAGCGAACGCAACAAAACAAUUUGCGGUUUUAGUGUUUUUCUUCAUUUAAUAAUAAAACGUUAAACAUAAUGGCCGCCAAAGGACGUGGAAGUUUUCUGAGCCACUAUGAGCAAUCGCUAUCAACAGAAUCGUCCAGCGAUGCACCAUCUACCAAAGACAGUGGAUUGGGUUCACGUACACCAACUUCAUUGGGCGAUUAUCGCCGCUUGGGACGUGGUAAAUUGAUCGAUGACUUGACAUCCUCGUGCUCAAAUUUGUCACUCGGCGGGCGUGGACGCAGUAGCCUGAAGUUUCUGGAAGAGACACAAUCAUUAACGGGAUCCACCGGCGGUGGUGGGCGAGGACGUGCAAUGUUUUUUCAAAAACUACAACAAUUCGAGUCAACAACGUUAACAACAACAUCUGAAGAAGAGGGAGCUGUGGUAGUAACCGAAAGCCAAAGCCGGGCUACGGUAUCUGAAGAUAAACACGAGCCAAAAGAUGACAGUGAUGGAUCAACUUUCUUUAAGACCGUUAAGACCACACGUGGCGACAAGGGAAAACCUAUUAAGUUGGCCUGCAAUUACAUUCGACUGCACUCAGACCCCGACAAAGGGGUUUUCGUGUAUGAGGUACGUUUUACGCCAAAUGUCGAUUCGACAAGUCUACGCAUGAAAUAUCUGAACGAACACCGCGAUAAAUUUGGCGGUGUCAAGACUUUCGAUGGCGUCACUUUAUAUUUGCCCAUACUGCUGCCAAAUAAAUUGACCACAUUCGUUUCCAACAACAAGAUGGAUAACUCAGAGAUAGAGAUUCGUGUUAUGUAUAAGAGAAAGGAGACACUCAAAAAUUGCAUUCACCUAUACAAUGUAUUAUUCGAUCGCGUCAUGAAAACUCUCAACUAUGUGCGUUUCGACAGGAAGCAAUUUGAUCCCACUUCUCCCAAGAUUAUACCACAGCAGAAGCUAGAAGUAUGGCCUGGUUAUGUGACGGCCGUUGAUGAGUAUGAAGAUGGCCUAAUGUUGUGUUGCGACGUAUCUCAUCGCCUGUUGUGCCAAAAAACUGUGCUUGACGUGAUGGUAGACAUACAUAGAAGCAAUCCUUCGAGUUUCCAGGAAACUGCCAAAAAAUCCCUCUUGGGCAGUGUGGUCAUAACGCGCUACAACAAUCGUACCUACCGCAUAGAUGAUAUAUGCUUUGACAAAAAUCCCAUGUCCACAUUUCCCACCAAGGACGGCGAUAUUUCGUAUAAUGAGUACUACAUCAAACACCACAACAUCAAUAUACGGGACAAAUCGCAGCCAUUGCUGAUAAGUAUCAAGAAACAGCGCCAAGCCAAUAGCGAUCAAACCGAGGACAUUGUAUUCUGUUUGGUGCCUGAAAUUUGCUUCCUCACGGGACUGCGAGAUGACAUGAGAUCAGACUUCAGGCUCAUGCGAGAGAUAGCCACUUUCACACGAGUCUCACCCAAUCAGCGACUGCAAGCAUUGGAAAAGUUUUACACGAAUAUCAAUAAUUCGCCCGAGGCCAAACAGAUACUCAAGGACUGGGGAUUAACGCUAAAGCAAUCCUAUGAGUGUGUUACUGGCCGUGAAUUCGGCGAAGAAAAAAUCUAUUUUAGUACAAAGGCAUUUGAUUCGGGUCCCCAUGCAGAUUUUGCAAAGUAUGCCACUUCCAAUGAGUUGCUGGAUGUGGUUAAUUUGCACAACUGGAUAUUGAUGCAUUGCAAAAAUGACAGCAAAACGGCGCAGUCAUUUUUGGAUCAUGUGGAUAAGUGUUCGCGUUCACUGGGCAUGAAAGUACAAAAGCCAAAGUUAGUGGUUUUAAACAGCGAUCGUGUAGAUGCCUUUGUCAAUGCGCUGCGCGAACACAUAAAACAGGAGACCCAAAUUAUAGUCUGCAUCUCGCCCACAAAUCGUGAAGAUCGUUAUAAUGCCAUCAAGAAAAUAUGUUGUGCCGAAAUGCCGGUGCCCUCGCAAGUUGUAAACUCACGCACCCUGUCCAAUGAAUCGAAGAAUCGUUCGAUUGUGCAGAAGAUAAUCCUACAAAUGAAUUGUAAGCUGGGCGGCUCAUUGUGGUCGGUGAAGAUACCAUUUCGCAGUGUCAUGAUAUGUGGCAUUGAUUCGUAUCAUGAUCCAGCACAAAAGGGAAAUUCUGUGGCUGCCUUUGUGGGAUCUCUCAACGAUUCGUACACCAAGUGGUACAGCAGAGCGGUUAUGCAGACAAAGCGCGAGGAAAUAGUAGGUGGCCUCUGUUCGUCCUUUGUAGCGGCCCUACAGGCCUAUCACAAGCAAAACCAAAGAUUUCCGGAUAGUGUAAUCAUCUAUCGUGACGGCGUGGGCGAUGGUCAACUAGCAUUGUGUGAAAGCUAUGAGAUACCACAAUUUGAACUGGCCAGUGAACGCAUGCUAAAGAUUAAAAUCAAAAUCACCUUUAUUGUUACCCAAAAACGCAUAAAUACCCGCUAUUUCUCGGUAAUUGGAGGCAACAUAAAUAAUCCAGCUGCGGGCACGGUGGUGGACUCCACCAUUACGCGCGCCAAGUACUAUGAUUUCUUUUUGGUUUCACAAUCCGUGCGUCAGGGCACUGUCUCACCCACUCACUAUGUGGUCUUGAGGGAUGAUUCGGCCUACAGUCCUGACAUUCUACAACGACUGAGCUACAAACUAUGUUUCAUGUACUACAACUGGCCAGGCACCAUACGGAUACCAGCAUGCUGCCAGUAUGCCCACAAAAUGGCCUAUUUGGUGGGCCAGAAUAUGAGAAGAGCUCCAGCCGAAGAAUUAUCCGAUAAGUUAUUCUAUCUGUAGACCACAUCGACUGAUUCCAAGGAUAUUGAAUUGUUUUUAGUUUUC